AGUAUUUAUAUAUGUAUUAGAAUCAUAAAUUUCACAUUCCAAAAAUCCUACCCCACCCCUCAACUUUAAACCCGGACUCUAACUCGAUAUGCCCCAUGCCCCAUGCCCUCUUAAAAAAUCCCCGUAUGUCCCUUUAAUAUAAUAUAAUUUCUUUUUUAUUUUUUUUUAAAUGGAUAAUGAGGCUAAUGAGUGGCUAAAGACGAAUUGCUCCUUGGUAAACUAGAAUAUUUACACAGUCCAAUCUAAAGAUCCGACUACCCAAACCCAAUCACCAAAACCGAUCCAUCUAAAGCUAAAACGACCGCGUUUCGUUCCAACUUAACCCAUUGAAGCCCUCGGACAAGAACAACUGAGAGCGUAUUUGUCACUUUCUAUUCCCUCCAACCAAUUUUUUUCCCGAGAAAGUUUUUCUAUAACGCUUUCUCUUCUUCAAUUUGUGAAUAAACAAAUUGGAACUUUCGAUUCGUUUUUUCUUCUGUUCUUUCGCUGACCGACAAGAUAUCAGUCGGGACGUGGAGAGCCGCUGAAUCCUAAUUAUCAGUCGUACCAGCAGAACCAUCAGCAGCAACAACGGCAACAGUGGUCACGUUGCGCUGAAAACGAUAAUGAGUCAAGAAGACGACAUCGACGUCACUCCUUUAAGUCACUGUCAAACUGACUGGCUUGGGGCCUGGGGGGGAAUCCUUUCUCUUAUCCUCAAGAAAUGGCGACGAAACAACUUAUAGUAUCACCAGUUACUGUGUCAGCCAAGAGCUUAGCCUCGCUCAGAGUUUCGAGUGCCAAGUUUGGAACUUUGAAACCAGGCACCCUUAAGCAGAGCCAGUUCCGUUCUUUGGUUGUCAAAGCUGCUUCUGUCGUUGCUCCUAAGUACACUUCAAUUAAGCCAUUGGGAGAUAGAAUUUUAGUGAAGAUCAAGGAGGCAGAGGAGAAGACAAUGGGAGGUAUCUUACUUCCAUCUACAGGUCAAAGAUCAAGGAGGCAGAGGAGAAGACAAUGGGAGGUAUCUUACUUCCAUCUACAGGUCAAUCGAAACCUUAAGGAGGUGAAGUCGUUGUUGUGGGUGAAAGGGGAAUUAUUGGGAAAAACAAAGUUGAUAUCACUGUCCCUACUGGAGCACAAAUCAUUUACUCCACAGGUACGCUGGAACUGAGGUGGAGUUCAACGAUGUGAAACAUCUCAUUCUUAAGGAAGAUGAUAUUGGCCUUUCUUAGUUGUUUAUCUUUUAUUUAUGUAUUUAUGAUGUUAUUUAAAUAUUUUGGAUGUUUCAAAUUUGGUAGGAUAAUGCUUUUGAAUGUUUAAAACUUGGUGUGUUGCAUGGAUUUACUAGGUCUGCUAUGCCCAAA